CGUCAACGGCUGUUGUUGUUUCGGACGACGGAGAGGAAACAAAAAAACAUUCCACUUAUGGUCCCAUUUAGAUAGAUUUUGUGUCCUUUGUCUGGAUGGAUUUUGGGUUUUGGUCAUCUUGAAACAAUUCCCUCGAGACGCUGAACCAGCAGGUCAAACCCCACUGGAGCUAAUUUCGCAGGCGGCUCUCAGCCAAGCGUUAGUGAGCGACUGCUGGGCACGCAGUGACGAAACGACAGAACCCGACCACAUCUCCCCCACUUGCAACCGCUCUGCACCACUGGCCAUCCUACUCCCAGCAGCACCUAACCAACCUCGAUCGCGCCCCUCAGCAGAGUUGUUACGCGGAAUAAGUGUUUGUCGGCCAAGCGACGGGAUCUCGCAAGGUUCAUUGCGCAAUCAUGAACCCUCAUCAGGCAAAGAAAAUCGACAUCAAGUCUCUCUCGCCCGACGAGCAGCGGCUGUUCCGCCUGUAUGGCAAACUCCCCAACCGCACCGACCACCUUGCCAAGCAUCUGAAGGAACGCAAGUACUUCGACAGCGGCGACUAUGCCAUGAGCAAGGCCGGAAAGGGCGACAGCGUCGACACGGGCGCCGUCGGAAGCCAGCAUCCCGUCCCCGAGAACAUCCCCCAUCUCUCUAGCCCGGUUAGCGGGCCCAACGGCAUCAGCAGUCUUCUGCACGCCCACCAUCAACAUCAUCCGAGCAUGCAGGCCGGCAGUCCCGUCAAGGAGAGCAGUUUCUUGAACCGCGAGACUAGCGCGGAGGACCUCGAGGCGGAAAACAAAAACGAGGACCAGCCCUCUAAAGAGUCAGAGACGGCAACCCAGGCGGCCGCUGGCGAGCAACAGGAACUUCCCGUUCGUCGGUGAGCUGUGCGGCCUCAACGGAAGGUUAAAGGACGUGUCGAGUUGCGAGUCGUCGCCGUGCCCUGUGUUGCCUUGAGAGGCCCUUCUGCUCUCUGAUUUCAAGACCAUGCUUACAUCUUGCUU